ACGAGUCAUACGGGUGAUCUACAUACAGCUGCCUGCUAGAGCUCUAUAUACCUCGUUAUACUCUUCUAAUCCAUCUCCAUUGUUCUGAGUAUCACCACCCAGCACCUUCUGUACACACAGCUGCUAGAGCUUUAUAUACCUCCUUCCACUUCUCUAAUCACCCUCUAUUGGUCUCGGUAUCACCACCCAGCACUUUCUCCAGCUUCCCCUACAGACAACAGCAAUGACGAUCCCCACCGCGCCCUCGCCCUCUUCCACCACCUCCACCCUUCCCCCCGCCCCAUCGCGGCCCUGGAUCCACACGCCUUUGAUCCCGUCUGCCACACUCUCCACCCUAGCGGGGUGCACCGUCCUUCUCAAGCUCGACCUGCACCAGCCGAGCGGCUCCUUCAAAUCGCGCGGGGUGGGCUACCAAAUCCUGCAGAUCCUCCGCUCGCACUCCCUUGUCUCCAGCAGCACAGCGCACAUCUACAGCUCAUCUGGGGGCAACGCGGGCCUAGCGGCGGUGCACGCGUCCCGCAUGCUAGGAGCACGAUGCACCGUCGUGGUGCCCGAGAGCACGUCCGCGUUCAUGGCGGAGAAGGUGCGGGCGGCGGGCGCGGAACAGGUGCUGGUCUGCGGGAAGAGCUGGGUCGAGGCGGAUCAGCACGUGAGAAUGCUGGUGGAGCAGGAUAAGGACGGGUACUACUGCGCGCCGUUUGAUCAUCCCGAUGUCUGGGAGGGCAAUGCGACGUUGGUCGAUGAGAUCCUAAAGGAUAUGAACGGCGACGUGCCGGAUGCGGUCGUGGCGAGUGUGGGUGGUGGAGGUCUGUUGGUGGGCUUGCAGCUGGGGCUCGAGAGGAGCGGGUUGGAGGAGAGGACUAGAAUGGUCGCCGUCGAGACGAGGGGCGCCGAGAGUUUGAAUGCUAGUCUUAGGGAGGGUAGGCUGGUUACUCUCGAGGAGAUCACGAGUAUUGCGACGAGUCUGGGUGCGAGGACCGUCGCGGAGAAGGCGUUUGAAGUUGGGUCGUGGGGGAACGUCAUCUCGAGGGUGGUGAGUGAUGGCGCGGCGGCGAGGGCAUGUGUAAGGUUUGCAGAGGAGGAGAGGAUGUUGGUUGAGGCGGCGUGUGGGGCCAGUUUGGCGGCGGUGUAUGAACUUGGCUUGAGGAAGAUGAUGCCCGAGUUGACGAGUGAGAGUAAGGUGGUGGUCGUGGUUUGCGGAGGUAGCAAUGUCAACUUGGAGAUUCUGGAGAAGUACAGGACGGAAUAUCCACUUCAGCAGAAAGCAUAGACACCGAGAGAGAGAUAGAGAGAGAGAGAAAAGGAAGAUACAUAGAGCAUCAUAAUUUUGGAAGUAUGUAGGAGAAUAUAAUAAAUUUCAU